AUGUCAGCCGAAGAUCUUAUUAACGAUGAUUUCAUGAUCCUUGAUGAAGAGACCAUGAAGGUUGCUGAAGAAGUCAGUGCCAUUCAACGUAAGCUUAUGGAACCUAUUUGGUACAAGCGUCGUGAAAUGGUCAAGAAGAUCCCAAACUUUUGGGGUCAAACCAUUGGGAACUCUCCCUUGUUCGGUAUUGAACCUACCGAGAACGAUAUUGAAGCCUUGGAGAACUUGACUGAUUUACACGUUGAAUAUGAUAGUGAAAAGCCUAACUACCGUAAGGUUACCGCCACUUUCAAAAACAAUGAUGUCUUCAAGAACCAAACUUUAGUCAAGGAAUUCUCUGUUGAUCCUGAGGAUAAUGCCGAUGUUAUCUCCAAGUCCACUAUUGAAUAUCACGAAAACAAGGCUCCCAAUAAUAAGCGUAAGGCUGAUCAAGAUGACGAUUUUGCCGUGUCCUUCCUUGAAUGGUUCGGUGAUGACGAUGUUCGUGUUGGUGUCAUCCUUAGUGAGGAUAUCUUUCCCAAUGCCGUCGAAUAUUUCCAAGGCCCCGAAGAGGAGGAUGAUGAUGAGGAUGAUGAGGAUAUUGAGCUCGGUAGCGAUGAAGACUCUGAUGACGAUGAAGAGGUUCCUCAAAGCAAAAAGUCCAGAAAGUAG